AAAGAAGAAAACAACAGCCCGAUGAUUGUGAUUUCAAACGUGAACCAUUCGAAAGCGGUGCCAAAAUCAGGGUGGACAUUUCGAUCGGAAAAGGGAUGAGCGGGAAGAUGGACUGGUUUCCCAGACAUUCCGAUUCAUCAUGAUGAGGAUCCUGCGCACUAUGGUCGUCUGCGUCAUCUUCUCAGCGGCUGCCGUUACCUCCGGACCGACUUCGGACGACUGUGAUUGGACGGGGAGUGGCACCCCGGAUAUGGCCCAGUCUCGCGGCGUCCGGCCCGUGUACCUGCGCUGCAACCAGGGAAAAGUCCGAUGGAACUAUCCCCAGGGCGCUCUCCGGAUCGUCCUGCAGCACAGGCCCGCGGGGAGGGAAUUCGUCGCUUGCGUCCGGAGAUCGAACGGCUCCUCCGGGGCCCGGAUCUACGUGGCCGGACGGAAGAAGCUGCACAGGGUGUUCAGUCCCAGAGAUGCUCUCGGCCUGGUCAAGUGCGUCGCGUCCCAGGGGGGCCAAGUGGCACUGUAUGUGGAGGCGGAUCCCGUGACCGACGCCCUGCGACGGGCCACUUCGGAAUUCAGUUACCACUUGAAGAGGAGGACAGAUGAGUGGAAAUACAAUGCUAACAUAUGUGUAUUUUCAGAUUGCCGGCCUUGCUCUGAAGAACAGCUUCUUCGACAAUACUGUUCAAGUGACUUUGUGAUCCAAGGUGAAGUUGCCAGUUUAUUUCACAACAAACCUCUGCAGACCACGGAACUGACCGUCAGGGUUUCUCACGUCCACAGAACCAACGAACAGGGGAACAACGAACAGGGGAAAUUCUCCAGUUCCUCGGACUUUUCCUCCGGCCUUACAGGGAGUUCCCAAAAUAUAGUCCUGCACAGGCCCUUGCAUUGCGGCACAAAGGCAGGAAAUGGGGAGUACUUGUUUUUCGGUGAUUGGGUACUGGGGUACCCGAACUUGUACUGUGUUCCGAGACUCGUCGAAUGGAAGAAAGUCAGAAGGAAAGCAUUGAGAACGGGUGUGAGUGAAUGCCUGCUGUAGCUGUGAUAGAUGUCGCUAAGAUGUCCAUGCGAGAAACUCUCAUCGAAAGCUCUCGAAUGAACUUCUCCACUCACCGUAUUUUCUGACUGUCCAACUGUGUGCUUCCAUGAUAGUAAUUGCAGUAGAGUGCCGAUUAUCCGAACUUCAAUUAACCGAACUGUUUCAUCUGCCGAAUUUGUUAUCUGUCACUGUUUUUUGUUUCCUCAAGUGACUUUGAAACUGUGUCCUCCCCCCUCCCUUCCUCGAUCAGUGUGUUGGAAGCACUAACAAAAAAGUAUGGGCUUCAAAUGAAAUGAACUCUGUUCACGUGACAUCACUGCGGGCAUAUGUGUUCUGGACAAAUAAGUAGCAGACAGACGGAGUUCCAAUUCUUUGCUUCCCAUCAGCACGCGUGUUUUUGCGGUUUUUUCUGUUUACAAAAUGUUUUGAAGUGAAAGUUUCUCUCUUGGAAAUGUUUGAAGGAAAAACGAUGAUCGGCACGAUAAUCGGUCUCUGCUGUACUUUGUGAUACUUGAGACACAUGUACAAUUGUAGUACAUGUUUAUAUAAGCCAAAACGUCGUUUAUCGUUAAAAAAAAAAAAAAAAAAAACUGAAUGUAUUAUAAAAAAGCUGUGUUUCCUAUUUUGUUGAAAUUAAUACUCAUGCCUCAUUAAGUUUCAUAAAAAUAUUCUUGUAUGCUUGAAUAGUUAAAUAAUUGUUAAAUAGUUGUCCUUGAAAUAAAGAUUAAAUCCGUGAAAUAUCAAAGAAAUUAUAUGUUUCGCUUAACGCAUAAUAAAGUUAUAUUUGUAAAAAAAUAAAAAAUACGAGUAAUAAUUAUAUAUAUAUAAAAAAAAACUGUCUAUGAUGUAAUCAUUGUAAUGGUGAUACAAAUGAUGUGAAAUGAUGAUAAAUGACGCAAAUAAUGUUCAUUAUUUAUGAUAAUGUUCAUCUAGAAAGUUGCAAUGAUCUCAUAUAAAAAUAGCGAUCUACUUUUGUAAGUAAUUACCAAACAAAAAAAAGAGAGAAAAAAAGAAAAAGGAGGGAGGAAGCUUUGUAAAAAGCAUAUGCAAUGAUAUUUUUAAAAAAUAAAUCUUGUUGAUUUAUUGAUGUGAACCGAAAUGGUCACAAACGUUAAUGAUCUCAGAUGCAAGCGAUACUUUUUGCUGUAAAAAGAAGCG